AUGACCAUGGAUUUCACCUCUGACGCCGUCGAGGCCGCCCUCAACUCGCUCGCCUCGUGCAUCCGCUGUCGCGAGAGACGGGUGGGAUGCGACCGCCUCCUGCCAAGCUGCCAGGCUUGCGCUGCCAUUGGCGCCGAAUGCGAACUGUACGACCAUGUGCUAGAUGCCAGGUUUCCCCGGAGCUAUCUCCAGGCCCUGCAUGAGAGACUGCGCCAUCUGGAAGCCCUCGAAGCCAGCCCUGCCGCCGCGGCUGCGGCCCGGACCCGCGUCUUUGGGCCACACGUCACCGAUGCCCGCAACCACUCCAAACCCACUCUUGCGCCGCCCGCCGCCUCGAAGCGCCUCGACGCCCAUGAAGACGACGUCUACGAAGAGUGGGGUCCGUCCAGCCCCUUUGCCCACCUGCGGCUCAUCACCAACCUGCUCAAUGUCGAGCUCACCCGCCCUCUGCGCCACGGCACCAAUUUCAAUGUUGACAUACCCUUGACCGUCAAUGAAGCCCAGCCCUCGCAUGAGCCGCGCCUCCCUCCCUUCGAGACUGCUAGUUUCCUCUGGGAAUUCUACUACAACUCAGUCGAGACCAUCAUGCCAAUCGUAGGCCGCAAACUGGGAGACGAGGACCUGCAGCAUCUCUAUUCAAAAUCACCAGCCCGCAAAAACCUACGUGCUUGCACUCGCGCCCAGCUUGUUCUUGCCCAGGCUGCAAGAUGUCUCUUCCGAAGUGCUGCCACUGAAGGCAGCCCGGCACAGUCGCAGGCCUAUUUGCAACUCUCCGACGCCAUGUUUGAGGCAGCCGCUGCCAAUUUGAGGAUUGUUCUAAACGACUCGACACAUCUUUUAGAUUAUGUUUCGCCGUCGGUGUUCGAAAAUGAGGAGGCGCACGCAAUGGCAAAACUGCAAAUCGUAUUGCUAUUGGUAUGUUAUGUUUUGAUGGCACCACUGAAGGGCAACGUCUGGCAGUUGUUAGGUUUCGCGGAGAGACUGUGGAGAAACAUUCAGAAUGCUCGCGCCCAACUCCGCAGGAGCAAUAGUCCAGACGGCUUUCUGGUCCGCGAACAAGCCCGUCACAAACCCCAACCAAACCUACUUUACUGCAGCUUUGUCUCUCUAGAGCGUAUCGUCGGUAUGGCGUACGGAAGGCCGAUAGAUUUCCUCGAUUUCGCAGAAGCAGAUGAACCCAGCCACCGACCCGAAGACAGAACCGUAGCCGCUAUGCACGCAUCCAUACUGGAAAUACGACAGAGAAUACACUCGGCGUUUCUGGCCGGCCAGCAAGGGCCCAGUGUGAUGGGGCCACUACCAGGAACACCGAAACUCGGCACUGUCGAAUGGUACGAUACCAUCCGGCGGCAGGCAGACGCAUGGUACGAGGACUGGCAGGACGCAGUGGACGAGAACGAAGAAAGCCGCAAGGAAUGGCUUCUCAGCUCAGGACGCAAAUGGCGCGACGAGACGCUGCAUCUAGCCUUCUGCCUGCUGAUCCAGCGCUCGCCGACGCCGGCCUCAACACCAGCAUCGACAGCAACGUCAACAUCGGGCAAAUCGCCCUCGCAGCGCCAACUGCUGAGCCUCGAUCUCGUGGCCGAAGGCCGCGGCAUCGUGCAGCGCCUGGUGCACGACUACGCGUAUUUGCUGCGGCAGCCCUUUUCCAUCAAGCACAAAGGCACCUAUAUCCCGCUUGUGUUCCCGCGCCUCUGGGUGUUCGACAUGGAGAUCUUCCGCGUCGCCAUCACUGCCGCGUACCUAGCGCACCAUCGCGAGAACAUCACUGGCAAUACGCAGCCCUGCAUGACGUGGGAGGUGGCCAACUGCAUCAAGCUGCUGUCUCGCACCAGCGCAGAGGUCGACACGGAGGGCUUGACCGAAGCCAUUCUGGCGCUCGUGGAGGGUGGCACGUAG